GUGGGAAAGUGUUUCCUUCCUGCUGUGACCGGCUUUCGACCAGAUAUCAAGAUAUCGAUACCGCCAACUAUAAUGACAUACUUCCAAGUUGAUAUACUGCACAUGGCUCAUAUAAUGCCAGAACCAAUCAAGUUCGCUCCGAUCAAACCGUGCUCUACGUAUCCGGUGCAAAAAACGGUGCCUAGGAAAGCGUCAGGUGGAUGGUCGAAGCCCGAAGAAGAAAGACAGUUUGCAACUAUGUCCCUUAAUGAGAUGUGCCUUUACUUGUGCUUGCUCAGUAAAACUUCUGGGAACGUUUCCUGAGGUGACAGACAUCAACGCCGCUUAUCUUCGGCGUGCUGCUGCCCUCUUGGCGAACCGACACACCCAUUUGUGCUACUCCCACAUCCGGCUCGCCUGCUCCAAAAUUGGGAUGAAAAUGAACGAUGCGUCGGCCAAAACACAUCUCUUUUGUUCCAUCAUGUUGUUGCCAAUGGAGACAACAUUGGAAGCGCCCAAGGCGGCUGAUAAAACGAAAAUGUGGCCCCGAUUGUCUGUUCGACGAAAAACUGCUGAAGAUCCUCUCAGAAUCUAUCGCUUCGUACACAUGUCGUUAAACGAAUUGGUUUCACUCGAACAUCUUUUGUUUGGAUAUAUGGCACGUGUCUGCGGACUGAAAGCGUCGAUCUUGCUACUCUUAAAGAAGCGUGGAAAAGGAAUGGCUCGAUCAUCGCCCCCCAGCUUAUAGGCUGAUGGGAGAGUUACAGAAUCCUUGACGUCGUGACUGUGGAGUUUGGCUGCUACUUGUAUCAUCAACAUCGAACAAAUGGAAGGGCCAAUUAUGGCUGGCUGUGGUACUGUCUACUUCGACCUGACUCUCGCUACCUUUUCGUGUCCUACCCAUACUACGCAAAGCAUGCAAUCUCUGGAAAUCGCACUUGGUUCAGGCACAUAGACGUUAAUGUCG